AUGGAAAAUGACGCGAAAUCCGUACCGCAAGAAUCCUCCAAGAAGCCCAUGAAAUUCUUCAUUGUUGCCCUUGCCUUGUGCGCCAGCGCCUACGCUGAUGUCUCUGAAUUAGGCUACAACUAUCAACAGCCAGCUGCUGCCCCAGCUCCAUCUUACUCGGCCCCAGCUGCUGCUCCAGCUCCAUCUUACUCAGCUCCUUCAUACUCUGCCCCCGCUCCAUCCUACUCUGCCCCAGCUGCUGCUCCAGCCCCAUCCUACGCUGCCCCAGCUCCAUCCUAUGCUGCCCCAGCUCCAUCUUACUCCGCCCCAGCUGCUGCUCCAGCCCCAUCUUACUCGGCCCCAGCUGCUGCCCCAGCUCCUUCCUACUCUGCCCCAGCUGCUGCCCCAGCUCCAUCUUACGCUGCCCCAGCUCCUUCCUACUCUGCCCCAGCUGCUGCCCCAGCUCCAUCUUACGCUGCCCCAGCUCCAUCUUACUCCGCCCCAGCUGCUGCUCCAGCUCCAUCUUACUCUGCCCCAGCUCCUUCUGCCCCCAACCAUUUGUAUGAUGCUCCACAUGCUGCCCCAGCUCCUUCCUACUCUGCCCCAGCUGCUGCACCAGCUCCUUCCUACUCCGCCCCAGCUGCUGCCCCAGCUCCUUCCUACUCCGCCCCAGCUGCUGCCCCAGCUCCAUCUUACUCCGCCCCUGCUGCUGCCCCAGCUCCUUCCUACUCCGCCCCAGCUGCUGCUCCAGCUCCAUCUUACUCCGCCCCUGCUGCUGCCCCAGCUCCAUCCUACUCUGCCCCCGCUGCUGCCCCAGCUCCAUCCUACUCUGCUCCAUCUUACUCUGCUCCAGCUGCUGCUGCUGAGUCUUAUGCCUCUGCUUCCAGCCAAGGCGGUUACAGAUACAAGACUGUUCGCCGUGUUGUCGUCAGCCACCGUGCUUAA